UGUUGUCGUCCUGGAAGCAGAAAAACAGUAAGAAGUUCAGGAGAGUAGUUUGCAACUCUGAGAUAUUUUGUGGUUAGGUAAUGGUUAAAAAAUAAAGCAACAGAUUUCUGUUUAUACACCAUUGUUCAAUGUUGAAAUAUUGGCGUGAUAAUUAUAAGGAUCAAUUUUGCGCAUCGCAGUUGAAGAACAUCGCUUUAGUAAUUCAUAACUUAGCAACCAUGUCUUGGAUAUGACAGCCAGUAAUCGCAAUAUAUAACCCGAAGCACCAAAUCUUAUUUACAGCUCAUCAUGGAAGGUGAUGGUGAAUGUUUAGAGGAUUCACAAUUACAGAGUAAUCUGGAUGAUGAUGUUGUCCAAGAAGUUCUGAAGACAGGGACAGAUUUAAGACAGUAUUCUCGUCAGAUAGAGAAGGAAUUAAAGGAAGUUGAAAAAAGAUCUAUCAAAGAUUACAUUAAGGAAAGCCAGAACAUUGCUAGCCUCCACAACCAAAUAGCCGCUUGUGACAGUAUAUUAGAGAGAAUGGAGUCAAUGUUGUUGAGCUUCCAGUCAGAUUUAGGCAGCAUCAGCAGUGAGAUAUUGUACCUACAAAGGAAAUCUGUAUCAAUGAAUCAGCAGCUGCAUAACCGUCAGGCAGUUCGUGGUCAACUUAGCCAGUUCAUUGAUGAUAUGGCAGUAUCUGAGACUCUGACUUUUUGUAUCUUGGAUGCCUCAGUCACGGACAAAGAGUUCUUAACUCAGUUGGAGAUACUUAACUAUAAAAUAAACUUUGUGAAAGAGCAGAGAUUUAAAGAAACAAAGGCAUGUCAUGAUGUGAAAGAUAUCUUGGAGAAACUAAAAGUAAAAGCAGUUACAAAGAUUCGGACAUUUCUGUUGGACCACGUAUAUAAGUUCCGCAAGCCGAUGACUAACUACCAGGUGUUCCAGAACACACUGCUCAAGCACAAGUUCUUAUUUGAAUUUGUAAUGUCAAAUGAGCAGAGUGUAGCGCAAGAGGUGUGCAGUGAGUAUGUGGAUACAAUGAGCAAGAUCUAUUACUCAUAUUUCAAGUCCUAUUCAUCACGGCUUGCCAAGUUACGUUACGAAGAAGCAGCAACAAAAGAUGAUCUUAUGGGCAUUGAGGAUAUGGGAGCAUCACGUGGCAGUGGACUCUUUUAUAAAACACCUCUGAAGCACAAGAGUACUGUGUUCACAAUUGGCAGCCGUGGAGAUGUGCUGAGUGCACAACUGGAGGCUCCUGUAAUUGUGCCUCAUGCUGCACAUAAGACUGAGAACAGGUACCCUUUUGAAGCACUGUUUCGCAGUGAACAGUAUACCUUGGUAGAUAACGCUUGCCGGGAAUAUCUGUUCUUGGCUGAAUUCUUCAAGGUACAAGGCAAACAAGCUCUGGCUCUCUUCAAUCAGAUAUUUGGCAAAACAAUGAACUUGUUAGUGAAAAACCUUGAGACAUUCACACAAGAUUGUUAUGAUGCUAUUGCACUCUUCUUAUGUGUACAUCUUAUAAUGAGAUACCAACUAAUGUGCCACAAACGAGCAGUACCAGCUCUGGAUCAGUAUUGGAAAACUCUCCAGGCUGUUAUAUGGCCUCGGUUUGAAUACAUCUUCAGUUUGAACAUUCAAAGUGUGAAAGACUGUGACCCAAAAAAAUUCAGUAAGGAAAUGGGACCACACUAUAUCACACGGCGAUAUGCUGAGUUUAGUGCAGCUCUGGUAGGGAUUAGUGAGAGUUUUCCUUCAGAGUUGGUGAGCCGGCUAUUGGCAGAACUGCAAGAGGAAGUUGAGUGCUUCAUCCUACGCAUGGCAGCAGUCUUUCCACAACGCAAAGAACAGCUUAUUUUCCUCAUCAACAAUUAUGACAUGGUGCUUGGAAUUCUCAUGGAGCAUACGCGGGACAACUCGAAGGAGGCAGAAAGCUUCCGUGAGCACUUGAAUACUCGAAGUGCAGAGUAUGUGGAGGAGAUACUGUCACCUAAUUUUGGUGGUAUUAUGCAAUUUGUGAAGGAAGGUGAAGCACUUGUUGAAAAGGGUCAAGCAGACGAAUUGAAACACCAUGAAAGAAAAGCAUUGGCCCUGGUGCAGUCAUUCUCUGCGGGGUGGAAGCGGUCACUGGAGGAGCUGAAUCGGGAGAUUCUGCCAUCAUUCCCCAGCCUAGUGACAGGAUCAACACUGUUGCAGUUAGCACUGACUCAACUGGUGCAAUAUUAUCAUCGUUUUCACAAACUGUUGUCACCCAAUGCACGUACCCAGCUCACAAAUAUUCACCAUAUCAUGGUUGAAGUGAAGAAAUAUAAGACCAGUUUCUGAUAUGCUUGUUAUAGUGAGCAAGCUUAAUAAUUUCAAUAGAUGCAAGUUUUCUUUGUGCUUCAUGCUUGACUGACUUCACAAGAGAGACAAUCUCCUAAUUGUGAUACACAUAUGUAUGGCUGAUUAUUUAGGGAUUAAAAUCUUCACCUGUACAUUUUGUGGUGUA